UUUUCAAUUUUGCCAACCACGGUUUCAUUACAUUUAAAACCUACCUAGAAACGAAACUGAAUACAGUCUCCCUCUGCAUUUUCGCGCCGCCACCGCCGCUCUCUCCGGCCAUUCACUGCAAAAUGAAGCCACCAACCCUCUCUCUCCAUCACCACCUCCACACUCCCUUCCUUAAGAAUACCACUAACCUCUCCCUCCCUCGUCCCACUCCAUCCACCUCCCAUCUCUCCAAUGGCCAUUUCACCGUCCGAAUGUCACUCCGCGAAGACGGCCCAUCCGUUGCGAUAGUUGGGGUGACUGGUGCCGUCGGACAAGAAUUUCUAUCCGUGUUGUCAGACCGUGAUUUCCCUUACAGCUCCCUCAAGCUCCUCGCCAGCAAACGUUCGGCCGGAAAAUCCCUCAGAUUUGAAGACCGCGAUUACACCGUUGAAGAAUUGACCGAGAAUAGCUUCGAGAAUGUUGACAUUGCUUUGUUUAGUGCAGGUGGGAGUAUAAGCAAGAAGUUUGGCCCAAUAGCCGUGGAAAAGGGUUCUGUUGUCGUUGAUAAUAGCUCCGCGUUUCGUAUGGAUGAGAAGAUCCCACUCGUGAUCCCAGAAGUGAAUCCCGAAGCCAUGAAGCAUAUUAAGCUGAAGAGUGGAAAGGGUGCACUUAUAGCAAAUCCCAAUUGCUCGACCAUCAUUUGCCUUAUGGCUGCCACCCCACUUCAUCACCACGCAAAAGUCACACGCAUGGUUGUUAGUACAUACCAGGCAGCUAGUGGUGCAGGUGCUGCUGCAAUGGAAGAGCUUGAACAGCAGACCCGUGAGGUCCUUGCAGGAAAAGAACCGACCUGUAAAAUCUUCAAGCAGCAGUAUGCCUUUAACCUGUUCUCACAUAAUGCACCCAUUCUUUCAAAUGGAUACAAUGAAGAGGAAAUGAAAUUACUAAAAGAGACAAGAAAAAUAUGGAAUGACAUGAAUGUCAAAGUGACUGCAACCUGUAUAAGAGUACCUGUGAUGCGUGCCCAUGCUGAGAGUGUGAAUCUUCAAUUUGAGAAUCCCCUGGAUGAGGACACAGCAAGAGAGAUUCUAAGCAAUGCACCUGGUUUGGUGGUUAUCGAUGACCGUGCAGCUAAUCACUUCCCCACCCCAUUAGCUGUUUCUAACAAAGAUGAUGUUGCAGUGGGAAGAAUUCGACGAGAUGUCUCUCAGGACGGGAAUUAUGGAUUGGACAUAUUUGUUUGCGGUGAUCAAAUACGUAAAGGAGCUGCUCUUAAUGCCGUUCAGAUUGCGGAGAAGUUGUUAUAAGUUUGUAGGUGAGGCUGAGGCUUGUUUUUCAAAAUAUAUAUGGUGAGAUUUCAUGACAUUAAGUUAAAAGAUAAUAUUAUUCUUCCAAUAGAGAAGCAAUUCCAAUUUUCGAAGUUUAAACAGUUUGGUUACUUGAAUUUCUGUGGGUUUUUCGUCGUAUUUUUCAUUGAGAAUUUCGGGAAAUAAUGGUAACGUUUCUUUGGUCCGACGAUUUUUCUAAA